AUGAUUCUGACACAGGAGGAGAUAGAAGAUGAUGAAAAUGUCAGGAAAACAGAGGAUAUUAAGAAUGAUCUCAUGGAGGCACUAACAGAGUAUCCUGAUGCUAAGAAUGCUCUGGAGGACAAAGGCAGGGCCAUUCUGAUGAAAGACAAUCUCAUAGAUGAGUCGCUUGUCGGUGCUACCGAUGCUAAAAAGGACGACAAAAAGGACGAAAAGAAGGACGACAAAAAGGACGACAAAAAGGAAGAACCGAAGGAGGUGUGGAUCAUGGACCCAGCCACGGAUAUGUAUUACUACUGGUUGCUCACAAUAUCUGUCCCAGUGUUCUACAAUCUGAUAUUCCUGGUGGCAAGAGCUUGUUUUAAUGAGCUACAGUAUCAAAAUUCAACACUCUGGCUGGUUUUGGACUAUGCGUCAGAUGCCCUCUACUGCAUGGACAUCUUUGUGAGAGCCAGGACAGGUUUUCUGGAGCAAGGACUUCUUGUAAAGGAUGAAAAGAUCCUGAAAGAAAAGUACAUGAAGACACCUCAGUACAAGUUAGACAUGUUCUCACUGAUUCCUACUGACAUUGCUUUCUUCUAUAUCGGAAUCCACAACCCAGAGUGGAGGUUCAACCGUCUCUUUAGGUUAGGCCGUCUCUUUGAGUUCUUCGACCGGACUGAAACGCGAACCAAUUUUCCAAACAUCUUCCGAAUCGCUAAUCUUGUACUUUACAUCAUCAUCAUCAUCCACUGGAACGGGUGCCUGUACUUUGCCGUCUCAAAAAUACUUGGUUUUGGGUCAGACACUUGGGUCUACCCCGGGCCACAAAAACCAGAGUUUUCUCAGCUGUCCAGACAGUACAUUUAUUCCUUUUACUGGUCCACUCUUACCUUGACCACUAUUGGUGAGACACCCCCGCCGGUCCGAGACGUGGAAUACUUUUUUGUCGUGGUUGACUUUCUUACUGGGGUUUUGAUCUUUGCAACAAUUGUUGGAAAUGUUGGAGCCAUGAUCUCCAACAUGAAUGCUGCACGUGUAGAGUUCCAGGCGAAGAUCGACUCUAUCAAGCAGUACAUGCAAUUUCGGAAGGUCACUAAAGACUUGGAGGCGAGGGUGGUGAAGUGGUUUGACUACCUGUGGACUGAGGGGAAAACCUGCGAUGAAAAGCAGGUGUUAAAAAAUCUGCCAGACAAGCUGAAGGCAGAGAUAGCCAUUAACGUACAUCUGGAAACCCUAAGAAAAGUGCGCAUCUUUCAAGACUGUGAAGCUGGUUUGCUUGUUGAGUUGGUCCUGAAGCUCCAGCCUCAAGUUUUCAGUCCUGGGGAUUACAUCUGUAAGAAAGGGGAUAUUGGUAGGGAAAUGUAUAUCAUCAAAGAAGGAAAGCUCGCUGUAGUAGCAGACGAUGGUGUUACCCAGUUUGUGGUCCUUAGUGACGGAGCUUAUUUUGGAGAAAUCAGCAUCCUUGGGAUCAAAGGUAGUAAGGCAGGUAACCGAAGAACAGCUAACAUUCGAAGCGUGGGCUAUUCUGAU